UAACGUUAGGGGGCGUGGCAUGUCCAUGGGAGAGGGUAUAUAAAGGAAGUGUCUUCUGCAGUCGUCACUCGUCAGUCCCCACAUUUUUAUACAGUAGUAAACCAUACAAAGGUUCUGGGGCUAUGAUGAUUCAUCUAUUCAAGGUUCUACUGCUGUUGGCGUUCUGCAGUGUGGUCCUGGCCUCGUUGUGUGAGGAGAGUGAACAGAUACAGUGCAAGGAGAGCAACAGCCGGUGUACAAGGAUUCGGUACAUCUGUGACGGCGAUAAUGACUGCGGCGACAACUCAGACGAGAACAGCAGCUUGUGUAAACUCUGGAAGAACAGAGACUGUGAUCGCAACUACGUUAAAUGUCACAGGUUCGGCUCAUCCUCUUGUAUCCCCAUAGAAGAGUACUGCCAGAGGAGCGACCCCCCCUGUGAGGGCGACCUUGACCCCAGGAUCUGCCAGAUGCUGCGUAAUGAGAAGCUGCAGAACCCCGAAGAUAUUAUUAUGCCGACAAUAAGAGAAGAUGUGUUUAAAGGGAAUGACCUGAGUGAGACGGAGGAGAUGGCGGUGGAGUUUGAGGACCUGACGGCUCACACCUUCGUCCACCCUGACUGCCCACACCUGUACACCAAAGUCGGCGACUCCUGUCUCUCUAUCUUCUUCCCCGGCAACGUGACUUGGGGAGAGGCAAGGUCCUUCUGCCAUACCAUCAAAGGCGAGCUGUACUCUUUCGAUAAUGAUGUCACAAAGUAUUCUGCUCUCGUCAAUCACCUGAAGGAACACAAACUGACAACAGAUUUCUGGAUUGGCGGCCGCAUGGAAAACAUUACCGAGGGAUGGAAGUUUGUGAGUGACAUCUCCAUGGAACUGGGCUCACCUUACUGGGCUGUCAGGCACCAGACGCAGUGUUCACCUCGCUCCACCGAGAACGAACACCUCAACACCACCCGCUUGGCCAACAACGGCUACUGUUACAGCUCUCUCCAGGCACCGGAAAACCCACCCAUCGGCCACUGUGCUGCCAUUACCUACAACAACUAUUACUACGUGAGCGACGAACACUGCCUCGACAGGAAGGCUCCCCUCUGUAUCGUCAACAAAAAGGACUAAUCAGCUCGGAAGGAUUGAACAGUUAAAGUGUGGGAUAGAUGGCUCGACAAUGAAUAGCGAGGAACAGGCAGUGCGUUCCCGCCAGACUAUUCUUAAGUUGAUUGUUUAAAAGCACAUUUUCACGUGUGUUUUUUCUUACAAUAUAUUGUUAAAGGUAAAUAAAUGGUGAUAUUCAACUGUCUGAAUAUUUUGUCUUGUAUAUUUUUUCUUUAUAUCUGAAGAUGAAGAAAGAAACAGGAAAAAAGAGAGGAAAUUUUAAGAAAUGUUUAUAACAUUUCAGUGAAUGUUAGAAAUAUUAAAUGUAUAACAGCAAA